GGGAGAAAAAUGUCCUGACUUUGGAGAGUUUUAUAGCACAGCCUGACAAGGGAGUCUUAGCUUGGAGAGAGGAGAGUCCUUUGGAAGCUGCUUUGGAGACAGACUCAAAGAUGGCACAGCCAGAGGCAGCUGGCCCUGAAACAGAAAGACACCCUGAUGCCCUGAUGACCAAGCACAGCGAAGGCUCGUGGGAGAGAUCCGUGCGGAAGGUGCCGGACGAAGACACUGCCAGCUCAGAUUUACAGCGUCAACUGUUUAGGUGCUUUUCCUACAAGGAAGCUGAAGGUCCCCGAGAAGUUUGUACUCACCUCCACCAUCUUUGCCAUCAGUGGCUGAAGCCAGAGAACCACACCAAGGCUCAGAUCCUGGACCAGCUGAUCUUGGAGCAGUUCCUGAUCAUCCUUCCUCUGGAGAUGUCCAGCUGGGUGAGGGAAUGUGGAGCGGAGACCAGUUCCCAGGCGGUGGCCCUGGCCGAAGGCUUCCUCCUGAGCCAGGCAGAGAAGAAAUGGCAGGGGAGAAAUCUUUCUGCAGACAUUCAGUUUGACUUCCCAGGGGCAGAGAUGGAUCCAUUGGGAACUGGAGAGAGUCCAGUGCAAGGAGAGAUCAAGCAGGAUGAGGAAGGAGGUGCUACGUUGCAGGAGGUUGUAAUGAGGCUGACAAGUCCUGAGCCAUCUCUUUUUCCUUGCCAUGAAACGGAAGCAGAUCAGGCUCCUGUGAUGUUUGAGGAGGUGGCUGUUGCUUUCACCCAGGAGGAGUGGGCACUGCUGGAUCACGACCAGAGGGUCCUGCACCAGGAGGUCAUGGAGGAAAACCAUGAGAUCGUGGCCUCCCUCGCUGACAACUGGAGGGCAACAACUAUAUGGCCACAGAGAGGGAGGAGUUUCAGGCAGAAAUUAGCACUCAUCAGACACCAUCCAUCCCACGAAAAAGAGAAGAGUAAUUUCCAAGGGAAGGCCUACAAACAGAUCCAGAGUGGGAAAUGUUUUGCCCAGAAUAUGGCUUCUGCCUAUCAGAAGACAGGUCAUGUUGCAGAGGACAAUGAGGGAUGGGGAGUCUCUGGGAAAGGUUUCAGUGACAUGUCCCAUCGUACAAGCUGUGUGAGAAAAUAUAUUACAAGCUAUCCCAGAGAAUAUUCAAGAGAGAAACUGUCCAAGUGCCAGGAAUGUGGGAAAUGUUAUACUUGUAAUUCUUACCUUGUGAAGCACCAUAGUGUACACAACAGAGAGAAAUACCAAUGUCUGGAGUGUGGGAAAUGUUUUGCUCACCAUUCAAAUCUACUGAUACACCAGAGAGUCCACACGCGAGAAAAACCUUACAAAUGUCAGGACUGUGGGAAAGGUUUUGCUCAGAAUUCAGAUCUUAUAAAGCAUGGGACAGUACACACAGGAGAGAAACCCUAUAAGUGCCAGGAAUGUGGGAAAUGUUUUUCUCGGAAUUCAAACUUUCUGACCCACCAGAGAAUUCACAUUGGAGACAAACCAUACAAAUGCCAGGAGUGUGGGAAGUGUUUUGCACACAAUACAAAUCUUGUGAAGCAUCAGAUUUUACAUACAAGAGAGAAAACAUACAGUUGCCAGGAAUGUGGGAAAUGUUUUUCUCAAAAUUCACACCUCCUGAUUCACAAAACAAUCCACACAGGAGAGAAACCAUGGAAAUGCCAGGAGUGUGGGAAAUGCUUUGUUCGUAAGUCAAGCCUUUUGAGUCAUCAGAGGGUCCACACAAGAGAGAAACCAUAUAUGUGCAAGGCAUGUGGGAAACGUUAUGCUUAUCAUUCACAGUAUGCAAACCACCAAAGAAUCCAUGAGGGCGGAGAACUACACAAGUGUCUUCAGUGUGGCAAGUGCUUUGCUCAGAAUUCAAACCUCCUGAUCCACCAAAGAAUCCAUACAGGAGAUAAACCAUACAAGUGCCAAGAAUGUGGGAAGUGUUUUGCUCGGAAUGCAGAUCUUGUGAAGCAUCGGAUUGUACACACAAGAGAUAAAUCAUACCAGUGCAACGAAUGUGGGAAGUGUUUUUCUCAAAAUUCACACCUUUUGAAUCACCAGCGAAUCCACACAGGAGAGAAGCCGUAUAAGUGUCAGGAAUGUGGCAAAUGCUUUGCUCGGAAUUCAAACUUAGUGACCCACGAGAGAAUCCAUACAGGGGAGAAACCAUACAAGUGCCAGGAAUGUGGGAAGUGUUUUGCUCGGAUCUCAAAUCUUGUGAAGCAUCAGACCGUACACAAAAAAGACAAACCAUACAAGUGCCAGGAGUGUGACAAAUGCUUUUCUCUGAAUUCAAACCUUCUGACUCACCAGAGAAUCCACACAGGAGAGAAACCCUACAAGUGUGAGGAAUGUGGGAAAUUUUUUUCCAGGAAUUCAAACCUUCUGACUCACCAGAGGAUCCACACAGGAGAGAAACCCUACAAGUGCCAGGAAUGUGGGAAGUGUUUUGCUUGGAAUUCAAACCUUGUGAAGCAUCGGAGAGUUCAUUCUGGGAAGAAACUAUACAAGUGCGAGGAAUGUGAUAAGUGUUUUGUUUGGAAUUCACACCUUGUGAAGCACCAGAGUGUACACAAUAGAGAAAAAUACCAAUGUCAGGAAUGUGGAAAAUAUUUUACUCACCAUUCAAACCUACGGAUACACCAGAGAGUCCACACACGAGAGAAACCAUACAAAUGCCAGGAGUGUGGGAAAUAUUUUGCUCAUAAGUCAAGUCUUUUGAGCCAUAAGAGAGUCCACACAGGGGAGAAACCAUAUAGCUGCCAAGAAUGUGGGAAAUGCUUUGCUUAUAGCUCACAGUUUGUGAAUCAUCAAAGGAUGCACACAGGAGGACAACUGUACAAGUGUCAAGAGUGUGGGAAGUGUUUUGCCCAGAAUUCAAAUCUUGUGAAACAUCAGACCGUACACACAAAGGAGAAACCAUAUCAGUGCCAGGAGUGUGGAAAAUGCUUUUCUCAGAAUUCGAAUCUUCUGAUCCACCAGAGAAUCCACACAGGAGAGAAACCAUGGAAAUGCCAAGAGUGUGGGAAAUGUUUUGCUCGUAAGUCGAGUCUACUGAGUCAUUGGAGGGUCCACACAGGGGAGAAACCAUACAAGUGCCAGGAGUGUGGCAAAUGUUUUGCUUAUAGCUCACAGUUUGUGAACCACCAAAGGAUGCACACAGGAGGGCAACUAUAUAAGUGUCAAGAGUGUGGGAAGUGUUUUGCCCAGAAUUCAAAUCUUGUGAAGCAUCAGACUGUACAUACACGAGAGAAACCAUACCAGUGCCAGGCAUGUGGGAAAUGUUUUUCUCAAAAUUCGAAUCUUCUGAUCCACCAGAGAGUCCACACAGGAGAGAAACCAUACAAAUGCCAAAUGUGUGGGAAAUGUUUCGCUCAUAAGUCAAGCCUCUUGAGUCAUCAGAGAGUCCACACAGGGGAGAAACCAUACAAAUGCCAGGAAUGUGAUAAAUGUUUUACACACAGUUUACAGCUUGUGAACCAUCAGAGAGUCCACACAGGAGGGCAACUUUACAAAUGUCAGGAGUGUGAGAAAUGUUUUGCUUGGAAUUCGAAUCUUGUGAAGCAUCAGACUGUACAUACAAGAGAGAAACCAUAUAAAUGUCAAGCAUGUGGCAAAUGCUUUUCUCAGAAUUCAAACCUUCUGAUCCACCAGAGAGUCCAUACAGGAGAGAAACCAUACAAAUGCCAAGAGUGUGGGAAAUGUUUUGCUCAAAAAUCAAGUCUUCUGAGCCAUCAAAGGAUCCACACAGGGGAGAAACCAUAUAAAUGCCAAGAGUGUGGGAUGUGUUUUGCUUACAGUUCACAGCUUGUGAGUCAUCAAAGAGUCCACACAGGAGGGCAACUAUACACGUGUCAGGAGUGUGGAAAAGGUUUUGCUCAGAAUUCAAAUCUUGUGCAACAUCAAAGAGUGCACACAGGAGAGAAACCAUACAAAUGCCAGGAAUGUGGGAAGUGUUUUGCUCACAGUUCCCUGCUUGUGAAGCAUAAGAGAAUCCACACAGGAGAGAAACCGUAUAGAUGUCAUGAGUGUGGGAAAUGUUUUGCUCAGAAUUCAAACCUUGUGAAACACCAUAGAGUCCAUACAGGAGAGAAACCUUACAAAUGCCAAGAGUGUGGGAAAUGUUUUGCUCAGAAUUCACACCUUAUGACACAUCAUACUGUCCACCUAGGAGAAAAACCAUACAAAUGCCAGAAGUGUGGAAAAGGAUUUGCUAGCAAGUCAUACCUUUUAAUUCAUCAGAAAGCUCACAGAGGGGAGAAAGCCAUGGAAAUGCCAGGAAUGUGGAAGAUGUUUUGUUCGAAAUUCAGCCCUGCUAAUUCACAGAAGAGUCCACGAGGGGGAGAAGCCAUUGAAAUCCCCGGAGCAUGGGAAAUGGUUUUUUUGCAAGGCAAGGCUUCUGGCACAUCAGAGCAGAGUAGAUUUCAUUUAAAUAAAAAUGAUCUGAAAAAUGAUCUCAAUCCUAAUUUAAAUAACUAUUCAGAUAAACUCAGUUUAAUCUUGUGAUUUCCCCCUGUAAAUAGUAAAGCCUUGCCUGCUCUCUUAUAUAUAGUUCAAAUAGUUCUGUGUUGACUGACACUUUUAGUGUCACUGUGCAGCUUCCGAAUGAGUAGUAAACGCCGAACACAUUGUCUGUAAAGUUGCAAACGUACAAAAGCUAGAAUUGCUAUUUUAAAGGAACCGGCAUUGUUGAAGGAAAUGGGUGAAAGCACCCCAGAGACUGUGAUAGGGCUUCCAGAACUGUUCAGCAUUACAUCUUUUCAAGUAAGGAAAAAAAGCUUUUAGAAUAAUUUUGGAAUUGGAAAAUACAGUGGUGCUUCG